AUGAGAAAUACUGAUGAUGAUAAUGAUCAAUUGGGUGUUAAUCAAGAUGUAAUUAUAAAUCAGUUGAUUGCAGAUGCCUCUGAAUCACAAUCACAUGUUGAUCAACAUAUUGAUAUGGAAAUCUCAACAGUACAACCUAUUUCUGAACUGGAUGUAACGCCUCAGCUGCAGCUUGUAAAACAACCAGUUGACAAUUCAUCUAAUUUGACAAAAUCUUCAAAUAAAAAAAAGAAGUCAAAUAAAAAUAUUAUUCAACAAGUUAUUACAGGUCAUAAACCAGAUGAUGAUGGUACAUCACGGAUUAGAGAUAUAUUGCGAUUGGUUUAUGAUAUUCCAGUAUCCUUGACACCAGAAGAAAUUCUGCAACAGUUAACUCUGUGGGAAAGACUAUUUCAUUACAAACAAAACAACAAAAGAAAUACCAGACAGUUCAUUUGA